AUGGGUCAUCAAAUCAUCUUCGGCGGCUGUCACCCGGCGGAGCGAAAAAAUGGCAACUUUGCGGCUCUUCAACGACUGUCACCCGACGGAUAAGAGCUAGAUGGAGGUGGGGCGCGUGUCAAAGAGCUUCAUUGAUGCAGGACAGGGCGAGAACCCCCAAUAUCUAAUCAAUGAAACUCAAGACCCGGGAUAAAGUAGUUGAACCAAUCCGGUUUGGAUGUAGAGACCCUAGACUCUAGGUCUAACCACAUAACCUGAGUACAGGCAGGCGUACCAAUAUACUGAUCAAGCCAGGACAACCCAGGGAAACACUAGACGAUGGUAAGUGUAAGGCCCUCUCGAUCCACGUCCGAACAGACAGUAGAACUGUCGUUGUGAGGUAGCCUAGGGCUGCAGCUCGUGAACGGUGACGAAUCUGGCACAACGUCGUAAGGAGGGGUACAGAGCUAACCUUUGGGCUGCGUAGCCUGGCGAGUCGUGACAAAGCGGUGAUUCGACGAAGGCAGAGAUGUCUGGUGAAGAGCGAUGCUCAACGUCGACGUUUGGUCCUGGUCGAGAGUCGCAGAAGUCGUCGCAGAAGUCGUCGUCUAAAGGCGGGGCACGGUCGGUGCGGGCGUGGGCCCGCUGGUGGGCCGAAGGGCACGCUUGGGGGUGCGCGCGGCCAGCCGCGCGGCGUGCCCUAGGGCACGCGGGCAGUGGCGCCGGGUGGGCGCGCGGGGGAAGCGCGGCGGCAGCGCUUCGGCGGGAAGGCCGGGCGUCUGCGGCGCUUCGGCAGGAAUGCCGAGCGUCAGCGGCGCUUCGGCGGGAAGGCCGAGCGUCAGCGGCGCUUCGGCCGGAAUGCCGAGCGUCGACGGCGCUUCGGCGGGAAGGCCGAGCGUCAGCGGCGCUUCGGCAGGAAUGCCGAGCGUCAGCGGCGCUUCGGCGGGAAUGCCGAGCGUCAGCGGCGCUUCGGCGGGAAUGCCGAGCGUCAGCGGCGCUUCGGCGGGAAUGCCGAGCGUCGGCGGCGCUUCGGCGGGAAGGCUGAGCGUCAGCGGCGCUGAAAACGGCGUGACGGCGGCGGGGAUUCGUCGGGAAACUCCGGCGGGGCCUGUGAGGAGCUGGGACUGGAUCUGGCUCGUCGGCACGGCAGCAGAGUCUCUCCCGACGUCGGUGGCAGGUUGGCGUUCGUCGGCGAACGGCCAGCGACUGGGCGGAGCGGCGGAGGGCGGCCCCGGCGAGUUUAUGGUGGAGUUCCGGAGGAAGAGGCGGCAGUUGAACCAGGAGUCGAGAGACUCCGGCGGAGUGCUCGGCGACGGCUCGUAGGGAGGCGAAGCGAGCCCCUUUCGUCACGACGGCGUGACGGGGUUCCAGCAGAGGCGGCGGCGGUUGCAGCGGCAACCGCGACCGUUUCGUCCGGUGACGGCGGCGACCUCCCGGGCGGCAAUGAGAUGGCCGGCGGCAGCGGUGGUCUCAGGCGGCGGCGGGACUUCUCGGGCAGCAGCGUCACGAGGAACGAAGUCCUCGAAGGGGGUAUCGACGACCUUCCUCUCCCUCCUUCCCUCCCUAUCUUAGGUCACGAAGGGGGUAUCUCACAAGACGAUAAUUUCUCACAAAAUGCGGCGCUCCCUUGAGGGGGGGUCCUACCUCCCCUUAUAUGGGGCCCACAAGUGGGCUAAGGGGAGGUGGGCCCACUUGAGGCCCUCAAGCCCAUAAGCCACAAAAGGCUACAAAAGGGGCUUAUUGGGCCUCUUAAAGAGAGACCCAAUAAGCUCCCCUAAAAGGAGAAAGAGGAGGGUCCUCUUACAGUGCUUAAGUGGGCCUCAGUUGAAGACCCAAAUAAGCCCCAAAAGAGGCCCAAAAGGAAAGACACAUAGGUCCCACCCCCUUAGGGUUUUAAUUGGGCCUCAAAGAGAGACCCAAUAAAACCCUAAAGAAAGGGAGACACAAACAACAACACACACACAUAGAAUUGGGCCCGCUAACACACAAACGCGAGGCCCAACAAGUCAACGUCAAAAUACAAAGAAAGAUAAGGGUGAGCUCGAGCUCAUCGUCGUCGUGGAGGUGGAAUGUCGUUGUCCCAAAGGACUAAGCCAUGUAGCGAAAGCCAAGCUCCUUCAUCUCUGCAUGUCGAUCAGGCUGAACUCAAACUGCCGGUGUCUCCUAAGCUGAUGGAGAUGGGUCCCGCUCGCCAUCAUUCAUCCUCAGGUCCACGUAGCAAGAGGAGGCUCUUCAUCACAUCCAGUAUGCUCUUAGGAGGUGACGACUUGUCUCCCGGCAGAUCGUCCUCUUCCUGACCACGACUUGUUCGUCGAUCAAUCAGAGAUGCUUUACUUGAUAUAUUCGCGAUCCUUUUAUCGUGAAUCGUUCAUCAAUUUUAGUAACAAUGCUUCGCGAAUCGCAUUGACGAGAUUUUGCGUCGAUGAUCUAGUGAUUCUAGUUGUUUAAUCCUUCACCGGCGAUCUGCAGGAAAGUCGCGAUAAUCAGAUAAAAAAAUAUGAGUUUUGGCUCUAGGAGGAUUCAAACCCGCCUUAGUUGCCCACCCUUUUUGGGGAAGGUGACACGGGUUUAGUCCCACAUCGGUUGUGCGCUGAAGUUUCUGUCGAAUAUAAAGUAAUAUUAGAUUUUUGAUCAAGUCCCUUUCUUGCACGUGUACGACCACUCCUUGCCCCACAGCCGACUGGCAACCGGUGACGUGAAAGGAGAGUGGCGCACAUGUGUCCCCAUGGGUUCAAGCCGCUCGAGCCCCUACUCGCGGCUCCUACCUGACUAUGCUUCUGACCCGCUUGCAGGCCCGGCUGGCUAGCAGCCCCCCCCCAUUUUAUUAUAUUUUUAUUUUUAUUUAUUUUUCUUCAUUUAUCUCAAAAGUAAGACUAUAAAAAUUGUAUAAAAUAACAUAAUUACCCAAAAAUUCACAUUAAUUAAUUGAAAACCACUUUUCACACUUUAACAUAAAUAUAAGUCUAUUUAUCAUGAGUUAAGGCUAAAACUAUAUUAUUUACUAAUUAUUAACUUAUGAUAAUGAAGACUUAUCAAAGGCCUACCUAAGAGUAUACUUCCUACAUCCAUAGGUAAGACAUCUAACCAAACUUAAUCUUCAUAGGAUAGAAUUUUGAGAUUAAGUAGACAUCUUUUAGUAAAGUUAAUAGAAGGGGAAUUUACCCAAGACACAACAUAAAUAGUAGGAUGACUUUGCACUUCUAGGUUCAACCUUUUAACGGCAUCUUGAGAAAUGGCAUUUACACUACUACUGUUAUCUAUAACGACUUUGUUAAAAUGUGGACCUUUGACAUAUGUAAAGAAAAUUGAAGUUCUUUGUGGAUCCUCAUGAGAAGGUUGGAUAAGGAUUUUUCUCAGAACUUGAACAAAAUUCCUAACUUCUUCUUGGUCUUCUAUAUCAUGAUCUAUCAUAUAAUUUUCUUCCUCAUAUUUUUUUUCAUUGUUUUCUUCCUCUUGGGUGUUUUCAGUUUCUUCUAAGAGGAGUCUUCUACCAAGACAACUAGAAGCAAUAUGGCCAAAUUUUUUACACUUAAAGCAAACUCCACAGUUAGGAUUUUGUUUAAAUAUUUCAACUACUUCUUUUCCUUUAUUAUUCACCAGUGGAUUAGACUUAGGUGGUGGGGUUCUAAGGGCUGAUUGAUUAUCCUCAAUCCUAGGAUUUACGUAGUUAGGAGAAUUAUUUCUAGGGGUGAACCGAGGAUUUCCUAGUGGAGGUGGUAAAGGUCUAGAAUUAGAUUUGAAAAAUGAAUCUAAGUCAAUGGCUGCCCUAUAUGCUUCUUCUAGAGUUUUCACAUCCCUAAGAGUGAUUUCUUGUCUAAGUUCAUUCCUAAGAUCUGUCCUAAACCUUGAGCGGGUGAGAGUAGAAUCCUCUCUAAGGCCACAUAACAUCAUUAGCUCAUCAAAUUCCAUGGCAUACUCAAGGGCAGUCCUAUUUCCUUUUUGAAGUCUUUGCCGAUGAUCCACUAACUUGGAUUGAUAAUUGGGAGGGAUGUAUUUUUGUUUAAGUUUUACUUUCAUCUCUGCUCAAGUGCUAAUGGGUUCUUGGAACCUACUUUCAAGGAGUCUACCUAAAUUAUUCCAAUAGGUUUUAGCAGGCCCUGAUAACUUUAAUUCAGCAAAUCUGAUUUUUCUAGAUUCAGUCAUCUCAUACCAACCGAAAUAACUAUCUAGAUGAGCUUCCCAAUUUAGAUAAUCUCUAGGUUCAGAGGAGCCUUCAUACAUAGGGACAUCAAUCUUUAUAUGCUUUUAAUUAAUAUAUUUUCGAUUUUGAUUCCUUUGAUUAGUAUUUCUAGAAUCAUCUAAGGACUGAUUUCUAUGAUUUUCUAAGGUAGGUGUUGUGGGAUGUGAGCUACUAGAUGAAAUUCUUUGAGAUUCUAUAGAUGACACCCUUUGAUUGCAAUCUUCGACCUUAAGGCUAAGGUUUUCUAUCUUACCUAAAAAUAUUUUAGCCCAAGAAGGGGUAGGUGAUAAGUCUUCUUUAUCAUGAGUUAAUAAUUAGUAAAUAAUAUAGUGUUAGCCUUAACUCAUGAUAAAUAGACUUAUAUUUGUGUUAAAGUGUGAAAAGUGGUUUUCAGUUGAUUAACGUGAAUUUUUGGGUAAUUAUGUGAUUUUAUAUGAUUUUUACAAUCUUACUUUUGAGAUAAAUGAAGAACAAGAAAUAGAAAUAAAAAUAUUGCAAAAUGGGGGGACCCGCCGGCCAGCCGGGCCCGCAAGCGGGUCGGAAGCUUAGUCGGGGAGUAGCUAUGAGCAGGAGCUCGAGCGGCUUGGACCGAUAGGGGCACGUGUGUGCCACUCCCCUUCCACGUCACCGGUGGCCAGUCGACUGUGGGGCAAGGAGUGGUCGUACAUGCGAGAGAAGGAACUUUGCUAAGAAAGCUAACAUUACUAUAUAUUCGCCCGAAAAAUCGGCGCACAACCGAUGUGGAAUUAAACCUGCGUCACACCUUCCUCAGAAGGGGCGGACAACCGGCGCGGGUUCGAAUCCUCCUAGAGUCAAAAUUCAUAUAUUUUUAUCUGAUUAUUGCGACUUUUCUGCAGAUCGCCGAUGAAGGAUUAAGCAACGAGAAUCGCUGGAUCAUCGGCGAAAAUCUCGUCAACGUGAUUCGCGGAGCAUUGCUAAUAAAAUUAUUGAACGAUUCGCGAUAAAAGGAUCGUGAAUCCAUCGAGUAAAUCAUCUCCGAUUGAUCGACGAACAAGCCGUCGUCGGGAAGAGGACGAUCCGUCGGGAGACGAGUCGUCACCUCUUGAGAGCAUAUUAGAUGCGAUGAAGAGCCUCCUCUUGCUGCGCGGACCUGAGGAUGAAGCUCCCUAACACACGCCCCACCUCCAUCCAGCUCCUCUCCGUCAGGUGAUAGCCGCCGGAGAGCUACAAAGUCGCCGUUUUUCCGCUCCGCCGGGUGACAGCCGCCGGAGACGAUUCGACGACCCAUUUCAUUAAUCUCUAGACUUCACGAGAAGAUCUAGAGAUUGCCUACGUCGUCCUUGUCCAAGGAGAGCCUUCGAGGCCAUGGACACUACACGACGAUCCUCCCAAACACUCAAAAUUCCGGUGCAUCGCCGACGCAUCGCUGUCGCGACAUCGGAACUCUGUUUUCCUGCUUUUAACUUACUUUACGCUUCAUUUAGUGAUAAUUUUUGUGUUUUUAAUUUACCAAAAUAUACUUUGUUCAAUUACGAUUCUUCUCGUUUUUACAGAUCUUAAUUUGAUUAAUUAAAUCGUUUGUAAUCACUUACGUCAGAAUCGCCGGGCAGAACUUUGUUUCUGCCCGAUUCGCGUUCACCGGGUGCUGAUGUCAUCCUGACGUCUGCAUCCUUAUUUCCCUUUUUUGUGAAUUUUAAAUAUAUUUUCUUUUCAUUUCCUAGUAUAAAAUUCAUAGAAAAUCGUAUUCAUUGAGAAAAAUUCUGAAUAAUUACCAGAUAUUAUAUUACAUCCCUGUGAUUGAGCUGAAAAAUUACCGCUAUUUUUGGAAGUUUUAUUAAAUUAUAAUUGAUAUAUUUGUUCAGAAAUACUUCUAAAUAUCUGAAAAUUCGUAUUUUCUAGUUUUAUAAAUUUUAGAUUUGUGUGAUUUAAUAUACAACGACUGAGUCACGUCAAUAGGCUCAUUCAUAGGGUGAUUGUUUUCUCCUUCCUUGGGAGGAUAAAUAUUACCUGACCUAGUAUGCAUCUUUAAGGAGGGUUGAUCUAAGCACAAUGCAAAGAAAAAGAUUAAUCUUUAUAAUCCUAGAUUGUUAGGUAAUUAACCUAGCUCUGAUACCAAUGAGGGAAGACCAAAGAGAAAUAUCAAUACCGAAUAGAAGGUUGGGAUUUAAGAUUACGCUUGAUUAAAUUAAGGAAGAUUAUCAGUAAGCUAAUCCUCUUCAUUUAGAAGAAUUAGGAUCGUAAUUACCUAAGAAGAACCGCACAUUCAAGGAUUCAGAUAAAAUUUCAACCAGGGUGUUAGAAUCACCAAUAAAAGGCACAAAGAGGGCUAACCUAUGGUUCACUCAAUUCUUAUAAGGAGCAAGGAUUUAAAAAUAAUGAUCACUUCACUAAGGGAGUUGAAAUCAACGUACCUUGCCAAAGGAGUGAUUUUCUUGAUUCUAGUGGCUUGAGAUCCACAAGCCUUGUUGAGGAAUUUCUAAUGAGUGAUGAUUCAAGAAAACAAGAGGUCUAGGUUAGGUAGUUGAGGUCCAUGAAAUAUUUGGAUAAUUUUUAAAAAAAUGAAGAGAGGAAAAAAAGGGUUUAAAUGAUAAAUAGAAAGAAUAAGAUAAUAAAAUAAUAAUGAGAAUAAAUGAAAGGGUGGGGAGAGCAAAGGGAGGGUGGAGGAAGGUACUAGUUGACUUGGAGAUGAACUCGUCAAGGUGGAAGAACCUUGAUUCUGGCACUUCUUCUUGAAAAGGGUGACCUCAAAGGUUGAGCCUCUGAUUGUCUAUCCUUUGCUGACUUGAGUUGAUUUUCAUGAGUGGAAGAUUCUUCAUUACAUCCUAUGAUCCUAUCAAUGCAAGAACUUAAGUUCCUAGUAUCGUGGCACUUCACUUUCAACUAGAAUAGGUAUGACGCUUCACUUGUUGCUAGGUUAGGUGCGCUUGGUCACAUGUGACAUUGAGCGACAUAAGAUUAACCUACCACGAACUAGUGCUGACUGAGAACUUAAGUCUCUAGUAUCGUGGUGCUUCACUCGUCAUCGAAUCACUCUUUCUGGUCACAUGCGUGCGAAGAGACAUAAGAUUCACAAAUUGUUGAUGGGAUGCUUUACACUUCAGGUAUCAUGGUGGUUCACCUGCCAUGAGAUCUAUUGAUGUGACUUAAUCGUUGUAUAUUAAAUCACACAAAUAUAAAAUUUAUAAAACUAGAAAAUAUGAAUUUUUGGAUAUUUAGAAGUAUUUCUGAAUAAAUAUAUCAAUUAUAAUUCCAUAAAAAUUCCAAAAAUAGCGGUAAUUUUCUAGGUCGAUCAUAGAGAUGUAAUAUAAUAUCUGGUAAUUAUUCAGAAUUUUCCUCAAAGAAUACUAUUUUCUAUGAAUUUUAUACUAAGAAAUGAAAAGGAAACAUAUUUUAAAUUCAUGAAAAAAAGGAAAUAAGGGUGCGGAUGUCAUGAUGACAUCAGCGCCUGGCGAACACGAAUCGGGCGGAAACAGAGUUCCACCCAGCGAUUCUUACGUAAGUGAUUACAGACGAUUUAAUUAAUCAAAUUAAGAUCUGUAAAAGCGGGAAGAAUCGUAAUAGAACAAAAUACAUUUUGGUAAAUUAAAAACACAAAAAGUAUCACUAAAUGAAGCGUAAAGUAAGUUAAAAGUAGGAAAAUAGAGUUCCGACGUCGCGACGGGAUGCGUCGGUGAUGCAUUGGAAUUCUGAGUGUUCGGGAGGAUCGUUGUGCGGUGUCCACGGCCUCGAAGGCUCUCCUUGGACAAGGACGACGUGGGCAAUCUCUAGAUCUUCUUGCGAAGUCUAGAGAUUAAUGAAAUGGGUCGUUGAGUCGUCUCCGGCAGCUGUCACCCCGUGGAGUAGAAAAACGGUGACUUUGCGGCUCUCCAAUGGCUGUCACCCGACGGAAAGGAGCUGGAUGGAGGUGGGGCACGUGUCAGGGAGCUUCAUCCUCAGGUCCGCGCAGCAAGAGGAGGCUCUUCAUCGCAUCUGGUACGCUCUCAGGAGGUGGUGACUCGUCUCCCAAUGGAUCGUCCUCUUCCCGACGACGGCUUGUUCGUCGAUCAAUUGGAGAUGAUUUACUCGAUGGAUUCGCGAUCCUUUUAUCGCGAAUCGUUCAGCAAUUUUAGUAGCAAUGCUCCACGAAUCGCGUUGACGAGAUUUUCGCCGAUGAUUCAGCGAUUUUCGUUGCUUAAUCCUUCACUGAUAAUCUGCAGGAAAGUCAUGAUAAUCAGAUAAAAAUAUAUGAAUUUUGACUCUAGGAGGAUUCGAACCCACACUAGUUGUCGGCCCCUUCUGAGGAAGGUGUGACACGGGUUUAGUCCCACAUCGGUUGUGCGCCAAUUUUUCGGGCGAAUAUAUAGUAAUGUUACAUUUCUAAGCAAAGUUCCUUCUCUCGUGUGUACGACCAGUCCUUGCCCCACAGCCGGCUGGCCACCGGUGACGUGGAAGGGGAGUGGCACACACGUGCCCCUAUCGGUCCAAGCCGCUUGA